AUGACUGCAGAACAUACUCCGUUUAUAAUGGACGACUAUACCACCAGGACCUAUGGAACAGGUGGCCUGGACAACAGACCUUUGUUCGGGGAGACCUCUGCCAGAGAUAGAAUCAUCAACAUUAUUGUUGGUAUAUUAACAUCCCUUCUGGUCCUGGUGACAAUUAUCAGUGCUUUUGUAUUUCCCCAACCACCUCCAAAACCAGUGAAUGUUUUCUUUGCCUUCUGCAUACUGCUGUGCUCAAUAACUAGUCUCAUACUGAUUUUUUGGUACCGGCAAGGAGACUUGGAGCCCAAGUUUAGGAAUCUCAUAUAUUACAUUUUAUUCUCAGUUGUCAUGUUAUGUAUAUGUGCCAACCUAUAUUUUCACGAUGUGGGGAAAUGA